AUGUUACACCAUUCGCCUAUGAUCUCGAUACCCAAGAAGUCCACAGAGGAUGUAGACUGGACGACGCCAAUACGGAGCGCAAUAUCGCACUCGUACGGAGAGGAUCCAGACAACUAUGCCACCGAGUGCGCCAACCUUCAGCGGUGUAGGCAAGACGCGGUUAAGGGUGCUGGCAGCGACAUGACUGCGCGGGACCUCCUGUAUAAGUACUUCGGCCAGCUCGAGCUUCUCGAGCUGCGCUUCCCCGAACUCCGGGUGAACUUCCCUUGGCGGGAUGCUUUCACGAACAAGCUCAUCACGCAGACGUCCAUCGCAUACGAGAAAGCGUCCAUCAUCUUCCAGAUCGCGGCAACGCACUCCGCCAUCGCGGCGUACCAGAACAGAGCCGACCCCGAAGGCCUGAAGCGGGCGUUCCACUAUUUCCGCACAUGCGCGGGCAUGCUCACGUACAUUAAUGACAACUUCCUGCACGCGCCGUCGACGGACCUGAGCCGCGAAGUGAUCAAGUUCCUGGUGGGGGCCAUUCUCGCGCAGGCGACCGAGGUCUUCUUCGAGAAGUGCACGGACGAGAAGAAAGGGAACGCGCUGGUGGCAAAGAUUGCAUCGCAGACGGCGUUCAUGUACAACGCACUUAGUGAGGAGGUGAAGGAGUUCAUGGGCAAGGGUAUCUUUGACCGCAAUUGGGUCACCAUCGUGCAGACCAAGGCGAAAUACUUCACAUCCGUGGCUCAAUACUACAGGGCGCUGGCUGAUAGUGCAGCAAGCAAGCACGGAGAUGCCCUCGUACGCUUCACUUUGGCCGAAGCAGCUGCAAAGGAAGCGAACCGCUCUGCGACCUCAUUCAACUCCGUCUUCGUAACGCAGAUGUCGCCCAACCUUCCACCAGAUGCCGGCCCCGCCCUGCUCGACCUCACAAAAGCCCAUCUUGCGCUCUGCACGGACAAGAAGAGCGAGGCGCAGCGCGAGAACGACUUGAUCUAUAAUGCGGUGCCGCCCGCGGCUGAGGCGCUCCCGCCGAUCGACAAAGCGGUGGUCGCGACACCGGUGACAAUCCAGGAAGUAUACGCAACGGCGGACGUGCAGAAAGUGAUCGGCCCGGACCUGUUCCUGCGGCUGAUCCCGCUGAGCGUGCACGAGAGCGCGAGUGUAUACUCGGAGGAGAAGGCAAAGCUCGUACGCGGGGAGGUCGAGAAGGCGGACGACGCGGACGCAGAGGUGAAGAGCGCGCUUGACUCGCUGGGUGUCAAGCAAGGCCUCGUGCGCUUCAAGGCGAUCGCGGAGGGUGGCGUCGGUGGCGAGGAAGAGGUGCCCGUGGAGGUGCGCCGAUGGCGCGAGGAUAUUGGGCUCAUGGAGGAACGCGAAGCCGUCGAAACGCUCAUGGUGCAGCUGAAGCGCUUGAAAGACUUGGUCAAGAAUGAGCUUGACAGCGUAAGCCGGGACCUUGAAACCGAGAGCAGAGAGUGCGAGACGAUGCGCGUGAAGUACGACCACUUGUGGACACAAGCACCGUCCGCUGCCUUGACCAAGUCCCUUCGCCAAGACUUGAAGUCACAUCUCAGCGCACUGGAGGCUGCAGCCCAGUCGGAUCAGCAAGUCGACGCUCUUUGGGACUCGGUAAAAGGCGAGGUCCGACUGCUACUCUCUCCACAAGUAGAAGAUGUCUUCCGAGCUAGCACGGAACAAGGAGGGGCAGGAUCGGAGAACUUGCUUGACCUGGACGUCACAAGCGAGACGCAAGGAGAAGAGGAACGUGCUAGAGUUGCACAGCUCGUCGACGAACUUGAGGAACGACUUGGUCGGCUGAACAAGAUCGCCCAUGAAAGAGGACAAGUUCUGAAGGAUUUAAAGGAUAAGGUCCAAGCCGAUGAUGUAUCACAUCUCCUGCUGCUCAACCGUCGGAAUAGUGGUGUCGAGACCAGUCUGUUCGCCGGGGAACUUGAGAAAUUCCGCCCGUACCAACAGCGGUUAACGGCCACUUUCCACCAUGAGCAAAUCACCUUGCAAGAGGUUUCAGCCCUCUGGCGUACCUUGAAGGAUCUUGCAGGACGUGGACCAGGUGCCAAGAAGUGGGAGGAACGAGAGAAACGUAAGAAAGAUACCAUUCGCCGCUUCUCGCGUGCCAGAGAUGUGUACAUGGAAGUGAGGGAUGGUCUUGCGAAAGGAUUGCAAUUCUACAACGAGCUCACGGAGCUAACGACUGGGCUCAGACGCAAUGCAAAGUCCUUCGUAUCAGAACGCACGAUGGAGCGCGAGGCCCUUGCCGCGCAAGCGGAGGCGGAGCGCAGGAAAUCUCAAGCUGCGGCUACGUCGCCCCCUCCUCUUGCUGAGAAGCCCCGCCUUCCACCUCCGCCGCCUCGGCCGCAGAGUUCGUCCUUCGCAAGUGGCAUCGACUCGUCCUUUGCUGCCAUGAACCUCAACGGUCGUCGUAAUGGGCCAACGUCACCGCCGCCGCCACCUGCAACCCAGAGUUCGUGGCCUUCGGCUCCCGCACCACCCUCCCAGCAAUACUCAACUCCGCCCCCUUCUCAGCAAUAUCCAUCGCCGCCGGUUUCACAGCAAUAUUCUUCUCCACCUGCAUCUCAGCAGUAUCCGCCACCAUCAACUUCUCAACAAUUCCCGUCGCCUCCUCCUCAACCACCAAGAGCCCCUUACCCUCCUCAGUCACAGCCCUCGUAUCAGCCGUCGGCACCUCCAGCCGACCCUUACUCAUCGCUUGUUAUGUUUGGUAAUAGCGGGAGUGGUUCCCCGUUCGCCCAAGCGCCGUCUGCUCCGACCCCUCCUCCACAUCUACCGCCUCCGCCUCAGGGUAACCCGCUCGGACAGCAACAUCCCAGGUACUCGCAGCCACAACAGCCAGCUUACUCGCAGCCUCAGCAGCAGACGUACGCACAACCUCAGCAGCGCCAGGCACCGUAUCCGCCGCCGUCGCAGCCAAUGUACAAUACCACGUAUGCACCUCCGCAAUCGACAUCACCGUUCCCUCCUCCGCCUCCUCCUGUUUCAUAUCAGCCCCAGUAUGGCUCGUCGCCCACAAAUGCACCUGCGCAGCAACAGCCGGGGGGCUAUCAAUAUCAGACUUUCCCGCCCCCUCCUCAGCAGCAGUACAGCCAAUAUCCCCAAGGCUAUGGACGGUAGCGAUGUACAUAAGCGCAUCGCAUUAUUGUAUGUUUGUACCUAUCAAGUUGCUACUUACCGAUGAAAUACAGGAAUGGAUGUAGCAUUUCCCUCUGUGCAAUAGCUAGGUGUCGAGAUUGCUAUUGAAUCUAAUAGAUCGUAGGCAACAAUGACCCGGACCAUAUCUGAUGGU